AUGGUGACAGCCUGCAGAGGGAAACGCGCCCUCCCCUCCCGACCUUUAGAUGAACGUGUAGCAUCCGUGCGAGCUUCGCAGCGCGGUGGUGCGCACCGCAGGCGACAGCGCCACACUGAAACGCCUGAUCCCUUUACCUUUGCUUGCGGUGUUAUUUUUGCACCUUACGGCCCUGUCUGGAAGCAACAGAGGAAAUUCUCUCUUUCAACACUGCGUCAUUUUGGAGUAGGAAGACUCAGCUUAGAGCCAAAAAUCAUUGAGGAGCUGAAGUUUAUAAAGGAGGAAAUGCUGAAGCAUGGAAAGGAUUCAUUUAAUCCUUUUCCAAUAAUUCGUAAUGCAGUAUCCAAUGUUAUCUGUUCCAUGGCCUUUGGCAGGCGUUUUAACUAUGAAGAUAUUGAGUUCAAGACAAUGCUAAAGAACAUGGCCCGUGCCCUAGAGCUAAGUGUGAACCGCUAUAUGAUUCUGGUCAAUAUCUGCCCUUGGCUUUACUACCUUCCCUUUGGGCCUUUCUGGGAACUUAGGAAAACAGAAUUAGAUAUUACUGCUUUUCUAAAGAAAAUAAUUGCACAGCACAGGGAUACACUGGAUGCAGCAAAUCCCAGGGACUUCAUUGAUAUGUACUUCAUCCAUGCAGAAGAAGAAAAAAACAACAAGGAGAGCAGUUUUAAUGAAGACUACCUAUUUUUUAUCAUUGGUGACCUCUUCAUCGCAGGCACAGACACUACUUCCAACACAUUACUGUGGUGCCUGCUCUACAUGUCUCUCUACCCAGAAGUACAAGAGAAGGUUCAUGCAGAAAUUGAAGCAGUUCUAGGACGUGACAAAAUUCCUUCUCUUACCCACAAGGCUCAAAUGCCCUUCACAGAGGCAACCAUUAUGGAAGUGCAGAGGAUGACAGCGGUUGUUCCCCUUUCUAUUCCUCGAAUGGCCUCAGAAACUGCUGUGCUGCAGGGAUAUAUCAUUCCUAAGGGCAGUGUGAUCGUGCCCAACCUGUGGUCAGUACACAGAGAUCCUAAUAUUUGGGAGAAACCAGAUGAAUUUCAACCGUCACGAUUUCUGGAUGAAAAUGGCCAACUAAUUAAGAAAGAGGCUUUCAUUCCUUUUGGAAUGGGUAAACGUGUGUGCAUGGGAGAGCAGUUGGCAAAAAUGGAGCUGUUCUUAAUUUUUGCAAGUCUAAUGCAAAGCUUUACAUUUUUGUACCCUGAAAAUGCUGCAAAACCAUCUAUGGACGGAAGGUUUGGUCUAACUUUAGCUCCAUGUCCAUUCAACAUAAUAGCUUUGAAGAGAUGAUACAACAUCAAAAGAGAUUCCACAAAGAAAUACUGCACUUUCAAAAUCUAGCUUUAUUUUGUUUCCAGCUUGUUUUGUUACUUUCUUUCCAGAAAAAUACCAACUGCACAGUCUUUCAUAGUCAGUGAGAGUGAUCCAUUUACACUUCUGGAAAGAGAAUAUUUUUUUUGUCUGCUGUUGCAUUCCACAAACAAAUGACAGCAUCGUUUGCAAUUUGAUACUAAAACUGGCUGAGCUUAACCCCACUGUCUAUAAGCUCUUACUGUCAGUUUGUCAAAUGUUAAUGAUGGGAAAAUGG